CACUGCUUAAGGAGGUGCUGAAGAACUUCACCAUUGAGAAGUUCUCUGGAGAUGGCUAUGAUGAUUGGGCAUGGAAGAUGCAGCUCUACUUUCGACAAAUUGGCCUCUUGAAGCUCAUGAUUGGAACGGAGCCAAGGCCAAAGGAAAUGGCAGAGCAAGCGGACUGGGAUGAACGCAAUACAGUGCAAGUGGCUGGCAAAAUCAAGACGGAUGAGAAAGGAGAGCCAUCAGUUUACAAGAGCAGGCUGGUGGCAAAGGGGUUUCAGCAGAAAGAGAAGGAAGAUUACAAAGAAUUGGUGGAUACAUCUGCAUGGUGGGAGGUGGGCCUGUAAGUUGGAGGUCCAAGAAGCAGUCUGAGACGGCACUAUCUUCAGUGGAAUCUGAGUACAUGGCGAUGUUUCAUGCGGCAAAAGAAAUCAUCUGGCUAAGGAGGCUCUUGAAGGAGAUCGGCCAUGAACAGACUUGUGCGACACCUCUGUU